AUUUGCUCGUCUUCACCCCCUAUACCUGCCGUACCCUAUUUUCGUUUGCCGUCUCUUCUCACUUCGCACCCUGCAUUCCAAAACCUCUCAAAACCCUCGUUCUCCCCACUCCCUGCCUCCGCCGCCGCCGCCGCCGCCGGUGCCUAGCAAGAUGAGUCGGCACCCUGAAGUCAGGUGGGCUCAGAGGAUUGACAAGGUGUAUAUCACAGUACAAUUGCCUGACGCAAAGGAUGCCAAGGUCAACCUGGAACCUGAUGGUGUAUUCUCUUUCUUUGCCACUGCUGGAACUGAUGGGAACUCCUAUGAAUCGAAACUGGAUUUGAAUGACAAAGUGAAUGUUGAGGCAAGCAAAGUAAGUGUUGGUGUCAGGUCCAUAUUCUGUAUUUUGGAAAAAGCCGACGCCAAAUGGUGGAAUAAGCUUGUUCGAGAUGAUCAGAAGGCACCACACUUCGUGAAAGUUGAUUGGGACAAAUGGGUCGAUGAAGAUGAUGAUGGUGCUGAUGUUAAUGUUGAUGGGAUGGACUUUUCGAAUAUGGGUGGCAUGGGCGGUAUGCCUGGCAUGGAAGGUUUGGGCGGCAUGGGUGGCAUGGGUGGUAUGCCCGGCAUGGAAGGUUUGGGUGGUAUGGGUGGUUUGGCUGGUAUGAUGGGUGGUAUGGGCGGUAUGGGUGGUAUGGGCAUGCCGCCUGGUAUGGAAGGUUUGGGUGGUAUGGGGAUGGAUGAUUUUGAGGAUGAGAGUGACGACGAAGGAGAAGUGUCGAAACCUCAAGACGCAGGGAAGUCUGAUGCUGCGGAAAUCUCUGAGGAGGUGGAAGGCAAAGCUGGCACAGCAGCUCAGAGCAACUGAAGGCUUUCUACUCAAUAAUCCCUACUCGAUUGUAUCCUAGCGUUUCUUUAUCAACGUGCUGAACUGAAGGACACAUUCUGCUCGCUGGUUGGGAAUGGUGUCUCAUGUAAGAUGAUGACUUGUGUCGAACUAAGCUUCGUACCGUCUGUUGGCAUAUUACGAGUUCUGAGACUGUUUGCAUUGUA